AUUCCCUUCCCCCCCCUUUUUUUUUUACCUAUAUUAACCAAAUAUGCCCGAACAAAUAGAUGUAUUUGCUUACUUGGAAGAAACACUUGGAAAGAGAAUCAUGUUCCUUGAUGGUGCAAUGGGGACUAUGGUACAACGUCUCAAGUUACAAGAAUCUGAUUUUCGAGGUGAAGAAUUUGCUCACUGGGCCAAAGACCUUCGUGGUAACAAUGAUCUCUUAACUCUAACCAAAGCUGAUGCUAUUUACAACAUUCAUCGACAAUAUUUGGAAGCUGGAUCAGAUAUGGUGGAAACAAAUACUUUUAGUUCAACAUCUAUUGCUCAAUUGGAUUAUGCUUUGGAGGAUUAUGCUUAUCGUUUGAAUAAAGAAGGGGCUGCUCUAGCGAAAAGGGCUUGUCUUGACGUAUGGGAAGAAACUGGUAUUCCAAGAUUUGUUUGUGGUGCCAUUGGUCCAACUAAUAGAACAGCAUCCAUCUCUCCCUCUGUUGAAAAUCCCGCGUAUCGUAACGUGACAUUUGAUGAACUGGUUGAAGCUUAUGCUGAACAAACUCGUGGUUUACUUGACGGUGGGGCCGAUAUUCUUUUGGUGGAAACUAUUUUCGAUACAUUGAACGCGAAAGCCGCUAUUUACGCUAUUGAUGUUGUCCUUGAAGAAGAUAAACGACCCAAGGUACCUGUCUUUAUUUCUGGUACCAUUGUAGAUCAAAGUGGUCGUACUUUAUCCGGUCAAACUGGUGAAGCUUUUGUUACCUCUCUUCGUCAUGCCGAACCUAUGGCCUUUGGUCUCAAUUGUGCUCUUGGUGCUCCUCAAAUGAAACCUUUUAUUCAAAAUAUUAGUAGAUUCACUGAUGCUCAUAUUAUUUGUUAUCCUAAUGCUGGUUUACCAAAUGCGAUGGGUGAAUAUGAUGAAAGUCCUGCCCAAAUGGCAAUCAAUGUUGAACCUUUUGCCAAAGAAGGUUUAGUGACUAUUGUAGGUGGAUGUUGUGGUACUACUCCUGAGCAUAUCAAGGCUGUUGCUGAUGUCUGUCGAAAAUACUCUCCUCGACCGAAACCUAAGAAAAAUAGUGAUGUCAUGGUCCUCUCUGGUCUGGAAGUACUGACAGUAAAUGAAACCACUGGAUUUGUCAAUGUUGGUGAACGAUGUAAUGUGGCUGGUUCAAGAAAAUUUUGUCGACAUAUUCUCAAAGGUGAAUAUGAAGAAGCUCUUGCCAUUGCUCGUGCUCAAGUCGAAAAUGGUGCACAAGUGGUGGAUUGCAAUUUUGAUGAAGGUCUUUUGGAUGGUAAAGCGGCAAUGACUCGAUUCUUGAAUUUACUUGCUUCAGAUCCAGAUUGUGCUCGUGUACCUUUGAUGAUUGAUUCUUCCAAUUUUGCCGUUAUUGAAGCUGGUUUGAAAUGUGCUCAAGGGAAAUGUAUUGUCAACUCAAUCUCAUUGAAGGAAGGUGAAGAUGAUUUUGUUAGAAAGGCAAAAUUGAUCAAACGAUUUGGUGCUGCUGUUGUUGUUAUGGCUUUUGAUGAAAUUGGUCAAGCCGCUGAAGCUGAUCGAAAACUUGAAAUUUGUACCCGAUCUUACAAUAUCUUGGUGGACAAAGUGGGUUUCAAUCCAUAUGAUAUUAUUUUUGAUCCCAAUAUUUUGACAAUCGCUACUGGCAUGGAGGAACAUAAUAAUUACGCUGUGGAAUUCAUCAAUGCAUGUUAUGGAAUCAAAAAAAAUCUCCCAGGAGCCAAGAUCAGUGGUGGUGUAUCCAAUUUAUCAUUUGCGUUCCGUGGUAUGGACAAGGUGCGUGAAGCAAUGCAUUCUGUAUUUCUAUUUCACACAGUCAAGGCUGGUAUGGAUAUGGGCAUUGUGAACGCCGGGUUUUUGACAGUUUAUGAUGAUAUUCCCAAGGAUUUGUUGACACUUUGUGAAGAUGCUGUAUGGAAUCGUGAUCCUGAAGUGACAGAAAAAUUAUUGGAAUAUGCCAAAGCCCACUCCAAGGAUGCCAAGAAAGAUGAAGAUUUAGAAGAAUGGAGAACAUGGCCUGUGACGGAUCGUAUUACACAUGCUUUGGUCAAAGGGAUUAUGAAGUUUAUUUUGGAAGAUACUGAAGAAGCUCGUCAAGAUAAGGAAAAAUAUCCUCGUGCUCUCAAUGUGAUUGAAGGUCCACUUAUGGCUGGUAUGAAUGUUGUUGGUGAUCUCUUUGGAAAAGGAAAAAUGUUCUUACCUCAAGUUAUUCGAUCUGCUCGUGUGAUGAAAAAAGCUGUUGCUCAUUUGGUGGAAUAUAUCAAAAUUGAAAAAGAACAAGAUAUGGAAGCUAAUGGCAAUACUGAAGUGAAAGGAAAUGGAACGAUUGUGAUGGCUACUGUCAAGGGAGAUGUACAUGAUAUUGGCAAGAACAUUUGUGGAGUUGUACUUGGAUGCAACAACUACCGUGUGAUUGAUAUGGGAGUGAUGGUACCAUGUGAUAAAAUUAUUCAAACAGCAAUAGAAGAAAAGGCAGAUAUUGUUGGUUUAUCUGGAUUGAUUACACCUUCAUUGGAAGAAAUGGUGAUUGUGGCUAAAGAAUUCCAAAAGGCUGGUCUCAAGAUUCCAAUUCUUAUCGGUGGAGCUACGACAAGUAAGAUGCAUACGGCAGUCAAGAUUGCUCCUCAAUAUUCAAGUCCAGUGGUAUAUGUGUUGGAUGCAUCUCGUAGUGUACCAGUGGCAGCCAGUUUGUUGAACGAUGAUCUCAAGGAAGAUUUUGCUGAUGAUAUUCGAGAAGAAUAUGAUGAACUCCGUGAAGAAUACUAUGAAGGAUUGGAAGAAAAACGAUUAUUGACUUUGGCGGCAGCUCGUGAGAAGAAACUACAAAUCGAUUGGACAGCAUCACCUCCUGUGGGCAAACCUACAUUCUUGGGUACUAAGGUAUAUGAUGAUUAUCCAUUGACAAGACUGCUGGAUCGAAUUGAUUGGAAUCCCUUCUUCCAAGUGUUCCAAUUACGUGGUCGAUAUCCCAACCGAGGUUAUCCCAAGAUCUUUGAUGAUGAGGCAGUUGGACCUGAAGCUCGACGAUUAUUUGAUGAUGCUCAAGUGAUGUUACGUAAUAUUGUGGACAAGAAGCUACUCCGUGCUCGUGGUAUUGUUGGAUUUUAUCCUGCGAACGCUGUGGAUGAUGAUAUUGAAAUCUAUCAAGAUGAAUCAAGAGAAACAGUUCUGACUAAAUUUUAUGGGUUACGACAACAAUCCGAAAAAGAAACAGAUGAACCCUAUUACUGUUUAUCCGACUUUGUGGCUCCUAAAUCAACUGGAUUAGCUGAUUAUGUGGGUAUGUUUGCGGUGAGCACUGGAUUUGGAUGUGAUGAAAUGGUACAACAAUAUGAAGAUGAUCAAGAUGAUUAUUCUUCCAUUAUGGUCAAAGCAUUGGCGGAUCGAUUGGCAGAAGCAUUUGCGGAAUUAUUACACGAAGAUGUACGAAAACAAGAAUGGGGUUAUGCUACGGAUGAACAAUUAUCUUCAGCAGAUUUGUUUGCCAUUCGAUAUCAAGGUAUUCGACCAGCACCAGGAUAUCCUUUACAACCUGAUCAUACAGAAAAGAAGACGAUGUGGGAAUUGGGCAACAUUGCUGAACAAACAGAUAUUACUUUGACAGAUUCUUUGGCCAUGAAUCCUCCAGCCAGUGUUAGUGGAUUAUACUUUGCUCAUGAAAAGAGUACAUACUUUGCUGUAGGCAAGAUUGACAAAGAUCAAGUACAAGAUUAUGCUGCUAGAAAAGGAAUGGAAGUGCCUGAUGUAGAAAAAUGGUUGAAUACCAUCCUCGCAUAUGAUGUUUAAUAUAUAUUGUUAUUAUAGUUUAUAAUAAUAAAAAAUCCACCUAUAUUUAUUUACAAACG